CUGUCUACUGUCUACUACAUCUAUAGCCAGCCAGGCUACAACAUUCAACAACAAUUGAGUUAUUGUUAUUUAUAUACCUAUUAAAAAAUCAGCUUCUAAUAUGUAUGCAAUGGGUUUUUUCCCACAUUUAUAAUUUUAAACUAUUAGUUUGUCUUCAUACAAUUAAUUUUACAAUAUGGACGUUAAAAGUGUUUCUCCUGAGACAUAUUUGCAAACAGUGGAUAUCAUGAAACCGAAUAUCCAAUAUCAUAAAAUCGACAUACCAAUUCAUCUAUUUGACUAUUUGAAUAGUGACAACUGCAAUUUGGAUAAAAUAUGCCUGUCUUGUCUGUCUAUUAAUAGCCAAUUGAUGUACCCGUUAUUGGACAAGGAUGAGAAUUUAUUAUCAAAUGCUUUCACUGCUGUUACUGCUAUUAAGCCACAUUAUGAGUUACCCACGCAAGUAUGCGCUGCAUGCCAAACAUCAAUACUACAAUUUUAUGAUUUUAAAAUUCAAUGUGAAAAGUCACAUUACAUACUGAAGACUACUCUGCUUGGAGAAUGUGCUUUAGUACAUGAUAAAAAAGAAAAAUUGAACAAAGGGAAGAAUGAAAAUUCACAAAUUGAUAUUUCUCCUAAAUCUAAUCAAGAAAAAGUAGAAUUGGAAAUUAAAGUGGAAUCACCUAAAGAUGAAGAUGCAGUUGAAUACAUUGAAGAUAUCAGUGAUGAUGAGAAACUUUCUGUCAUUGUAAAUACAAUUAAAAAAAGGGAUACAUCGGAAGUGACAGAUAUAAAUGGACCAAUCCUAGUGAAAAAAAAUAAAACCAGAAAGAAACGGAAAUCACAUUAUAAAUGUCAGAUUUGUUCAAAGAGCUUUUUGACAUUGAGCAAACUUCGAAGCCAUGUUAAGAAGCAUGAUGAAAUAACUGAUCUACCUUAUUCAUGUAAACACUGCCAAGAUUCAUUCACCUCUGAGCACGAUCUAAAUCUACAUUUAUCUUUGCACACUGAAGGAUCUAAUUGGAAGUGCAAUAAAUGUCAAAAGGAAUUCAACUCGAAGCCUCUGCUCCGGCGACACAUAGACCGGCACAUGGAUUCGAAGCGCUACUCGUGCGAGACGUGCGGGAAGCCGUUCGCGGAGCUGUACGCGCUGCGCCGACACUCGCGCGUGCACACCGGCGAGGCCGUCGAGAAGAAGUACAAGUGCCAUCUCUGUGACAAACGGUACUCUGACAGCAGCGCGCUGGCGGCGCACGUGCAGCGGCACUCGGGGCUGCGUCCGUGCGCGUGCGACACGUGCGGCAAGGGGUUCCCGUCGGCGCGGCUGCUGGCCUCGCACCGCCGCGUGCACUCCGACCACAAGCCGCACGCCUGCCGCUACUGCCACAAACGAUUCCGCCACGAGUCUUCGCGGAACACGCACCACCGCACCCACACCGGCGAGAAGCCGUUCGUUUGCUCUCAGUGCCCGAAGACCUUCAUACAGAGCUCCAACCUCAGGCAGCACAUGAGGACGCAUACUGGAGAAAAACCACACACGUGCAAAGUCUGCGGUAAUUCAUUCUCGUCGAGCUCCACGCUGAAGGCGCACGAGCGCGUCCACACGGGGGAGCGACCCUACCAGUGCAACGUCUGCGGGAAGCGAUUCAGUCGUAUGAACCUGCGCGCUCACAUGGCGACACACACGGGCGAGCGGCCCCACGAGUGCAGCGUCUGCCACAAGCGGUUCCUGUACCUCACGCGACUGCGCGACCACGCACGGGUACAUACAGGUGAAAGGCCCUUCGUAUGUGAGAAUUGCCAACAAGCGUUCCCAACGAAAUCGCACCUGGUGCGGCAUGUUAAAUCUCAUCAUAACGACAAAGUGAAACAACAAAUUAUUAAAAACAGAAAAACGAAAAUACUGAACAGAUUAAUUAAUGAAACCAUAUGUGAUAAUAAUAAAGGCGUUGAACAUAUUGAGGAGAUUGAAAAAGCAAACGACACUGAAUGUAGAACAAUAAUGUUUGACACCGAAGAGGGACCCCUGGAGGUCAGCGGCGAAUUAGUUCUUGAAGACGAUAGCAACAUUAAAACAGAAGUUUUAGUUUUUGACAACAGUCAAAAUUUCCAAAGUGCGAACAUACUGAACGCUAGCGAAAUAAUCGUCAAUGACUAUGCUAAUAAUUUAGUGGCGGUGAGCGACGGCGAUACUAUAUCCGCGACGAGCGCAGUUCUAGAGGGAACCACAGUAAAGCUCUACCAGUUAGACCAAAGUUUAUUACAAAUUCACAAUGCAGGUGGGCGGGUUACUAUUAGCAAAAUAACUAGUAAGAUGACUGCUAAUUUUUAAUGUUAUUCAUAAUUUUAAAUAUAUAAAAAAAGAUUUUCAUUCUAAAAUUCAUGUUGUUUUACUUCUCCAAGACGUAAUAAUUCAACAGGAAAGAAUAAAUCACAUUUUUAUUAGAACUUAACAGAAUACUGUAAAUUAAAACUAUAAUCUAUAAACUAGCACAUUUAAAUGCUUUAAAACCAUGUUGAUUUCUUUGCAGCUUCAUAUUUCUUAAUGUUCACUAACAUUGAUUCAUAAAUUUCUUUGGCAUUCCUAUUCUGUCCAUAAUAAUCGACAAAUUCACCAUCUGGAUUAACUAAAUAAACUAUAAUGGUGUGGUCAACCUGGAACAAAAAAUGUGUCUUUUAACUUAAAUUUAGCUGUUUUUUCUUUUUUUUUGGACAUGAUAAAGAAAAUGCAUUUUUUUGGAACGAAGUUCCUUAUGAGACGAUGCGGAGGGGUACCCUAACCAGGAAAAAACAUCCGUAACGUAAGAUUUUUAUUAUUUAUGUAUAGUCUUAGUAUGAUGGCUAUACAUAUAUAGUCUACGUGAUGACGGUUAUUAUUAUUAUUAUUCAUAUAAAUAGCUGUUUCUUUUUAUAUUAUUAUUAUAUAUUUUUUAUAAAUGAUUGUGAAUAAAAUAAAGUUGAUAACUUUGUAAAA